AUGCUUCUGAGCGCAAAAAUCCGUAGUGUGCCAACGUUUUUACGCCUCCCGCACCAGUUGCAAUGGAUUCAUUCAAAGGCGGCUCCAAAGGCGCCACAGCAGCGGCGGAGAGGAGAGGAGGGGAUCGCUGAGGCUCACUCCCCCUCCGCCAUCCCCCUUCCCCUCCUCUGCUUCUCCGUCCCCUUUCCCCCAUCACCCUCCUUCCCCCCGCUUUCCCCCCACUUUCCUCACGUCCCCCCAUCCUCUCCCCCCCCCUUCCCCCCCCUCCUCCCCUUUCCUCCACCCUCUCCGCCAGGCGCAAUGGAUUCAUUUAGAGGCGGGUCCAAAGGCGCAACAGCAGCAGUGGCAGCAGCGGCGGAGAGGAGAGGGUCGCUGAGGCAAUGCAAGGCUCGCUCACUCUUCCCUCCUCCCUGCGCAAUGGAUUCAUUCAAAGGCGGGUCCAAAGGCGCGACGGCAGUGGCAGCAGCAGCGGAGAGGAGAGGGUCGCUGAGGCAACGCAAGGUGGCGGCUGAUGUGGUGGCUUGUACCCACCCACCCACCCAGGCAGCAGCAGCUCAAUUAGAGGCUCUGGAGAGUGAUUAUACCGGGGCAGCAGCGGCGCGACUGGAGGCUCUAGAGAGUGACUACACCGGGGUGGAUGCUGCUGUGGAUGAGGAUGAUGACGUGUUCAAUGCAGAGGAGGAACUGGUGCAAGAAGGCUUCGCACCAGCCAAGCGAGUGAGCCGUCCGGGCAAGAGGCGCACGAGACAGGCUGCUGCUGCCGUGGUGAGCAGAGCGAGCAAGCGAACUCCCAAGACGUUUGCAGAGCUGCUAGAAGAGGCGAAUCUAGAGACCCUGCCACCAGGCACGCCCUCCUACCUCACAGCAGCAGUGGGCCCUCCAACAGCCGCCUCAAAGACUGCCAUAUCGAACUCUAUCAUGGGCGCGCUUCGUCAUCGCUUUCUGCUCGCGCUCGUCCUCGUGGCGUCUCUAAACUUCCUCGCGGUUUUCGCGGCGCAGCCUCCGCCGGAUGGGUACUACGGCGCGAGUGAGCCGGCGCUGGAAGAAGCAUACGACCAGCGCGCGCUCCUGGAGGCCGAAAGCGAUGCCUCGCUUGACUCCGUUGACUCCGUUGACUUGGAGGACUCGCGGGUGCUUCUCUCGAUGGGGGAUGCAGCGGCGGACUUGAAGCAGACGUCGGACGACCUCAGCGGCAGCGUGAAGAAAGCUGUCGGGCAGGCGGGGAGGAACGUGCGCAACUCGAUCGGCUCCAUGGUCGGAGUCCCGCCCAACAAGGGCACGAAGAAGCACCACCGCCGCGGCGGGAAGAAAACUGGGCGCCGCGGCGGGAAGAAAACUGGGCGCCGCGGCGGAAAGAAAACUGGGCUGGCGGGAACUCGUAAGCGCAAAUCGGGCGCGGCAGCCCCCAAGACGUCCGCUGCGGGGGUUCCGAAGAAGCAGGGGGCGGGAGGUAAGCUCAACUCCGGCGCAACCCCCAAGAAGCCCGCUGCUGCCGCUGCUGGCGCGACGGGGGCUCCUAAGAAGCAGGAGGCGGGAGCUAAGGACACCUCGGGCGCAGCACCCGAGUCCCCCGCUGCUCCCGCUGCUGCAAACGAGCCGCGCGCGCUCCUCGAGGCGGCCGACAGUGAUGCCGCGAUUGACUCCGUUGACUCGGUUGACUUCGACUCCGUUGACUUGGAGGACUCGCGGGUGCUUCUCUCGAUGGGGGAUGCAGCGGCGGACUUGAAGCAGACGUCGGACGACCUCAGCGGCAGCGUGAAGAAAGCUGUCGGGCAGGCGGGGAGGAACGUGCGCAACUCGAUCGGCUCCAUGGUCGGAGUCCCGCCCAACAAGGGCAAGAAGAAGCACCACCGCCGCGGAGGGAAGAAAGCUGGGCGCCGCGGCGGGAAGAAAACUGGCCCCGCGGGAGCUCGUAAGCGCAACUCGGGCGCAGCAGCCCUGAAGACGGCCGCCGCUCCCGGCGCUGCUGGCGGGAAGGCGGUUUCGAAGAAUCAGGCGGGAGGUAAGCUCAACUCUGGCGCGCAUGCGCUGGGAGCAAAGGGCACCUCGGGCACAGCCCCCAAGCCCACCGCUGCCAGCAGUGCUGCGAGCAGUGCUGCCAGCAGUGCUGCACCCAGCAUUUGA